UGAUGAUGAGGCUUUCCUGGAGCUGAGCAAACCCUUCAGCUCACUCUUCCUGGCCGGGGGGAAGCCAGCACAAAAUAGCCCUUGGUUUUUAUCCCCUACAGCCAAGCGAUUCCUCUUCUCAAAACUCCCUGGACCCCGCAAUCUCUCUGCUUUCAGCAGGCAGACUUGCAAGGAUAUGAAGGAGGGCUGGCUGGCGCAGAGCCUUCCCUUCCAGCAGCUCCCUCCCGCUCCAUUUCACAUCUCAUUGUCAAUGUGGCCAAACUCUAAUCACUUACCCUAAGCUCUAUAUUUUAAUUGUGUUUGCUCUGAUUAGGGUCCUGGGCUAUGGGCAGCACACGUGCUACCGGAGAGGAAAUCCCCACCCUGUUAAGUUUGCCUGUGUUCCCAGGCCACCCCAGAUUAGCCAUGGCAGUGGCAGCCAGGAAAGGCAGGACUACAGCCUCCCCACACACCAGCAUCACCACCACGGCUUGGCCAGGCUCCCUGGACAGCUGGCUUAGCUGGAUCCCGUUACCCAAAUGGGCGCUCAUCACCGUGGCUGUGGCAGGGGCCAUUCUCCUCCUUCUCUUCCUCGUCUGCAUCAUCAAGUGCUGCUGUACCAAGAAGAAGCACAAGAAGAAGGAGAGAAUCGGCUUGUGCGCCAUCAGCAACUCCACCACGAUCAACCUUGUGCGUCCUGCCUUCCCCUCAAUCCCACCUCCCUCCCCCCUGAGGGGUUUGCUGCUGCACUGCCCAGCCCCAGGGAUGGUGGGAGCACGGCAUGGCAGGGACAUAGCUGAGUGUUGCUCUCUGCCACAGGUCCAGCCUGAGAUGGAGGACCUGGAGCAGGAAGUAGAGCAGAAGCGGCGAGGAAAGCUGCAGUACUCCCUGGAGUACAACUUCCGCAUGCAGGAGCUGAAAGUUGGUGUGAAGCAGGCAGUUAAACUGAGGGCCAUGGACAGCGGAAGCACAUCUGACCCAUAUGUGAUUGUCUACCUAACGUCUGAUAUCAAGAAGAGAUACGAGACCAAGGUUUACCGCAAGACCCUGAACCCCAUCUUCAAUGAGACCUUCACGUUCCAGGUACCCCAGGCUGAGGUGUCUAAAUGCACGCUGGUGAUGCAGAUCUAUGACUUCAACCGCUUUUCCAGGCAUGACAUCAUUGGUGAGGUUCGGCUGCCCCUGGCCAGUGUCAACCUGCAGCAUGUCAUCGAGCAGUGGAGUGACCUGGCGGUGGCCAGUAAAGUGAAGGAAGAGCAUCUGGGUGAGAUCUGCUUCUCGCUGUGCUACGUCCCCAGCACUGGCAAGCUGACGGUGCUCAUCCUGGAAGCCAAGCAGCUGAAGCGGAUGGACUCGGAUGGACUCUCAGAUCCUUUUGUCAAGGUGCAUCUCAUACUGAACAGGAAGAAAUGGAAGAAAAAAAGGACGAGUGUGAAGAAAAACACCUUAAGCCCUUACUUCAAUGAGGUGUUUGUUUUUGAGAUGCCUUUCAGUCAGAUCCAGAAUGUGGACAUGGUCAUCUCCGUCUGGGAUCAUGACAAAGUGACCAAGAACGAGCCCACUGGCAAACUCUUCCUGGGCUGCCGAGCCACAGGCAGCCAGCUGCGGCACUGGUCCGACACGCUGUCCAACCCACGCCGGCCCCUCGCCCAGUGGCACAUCCUGCAGCCCCCGGGCAUGGUGGUCAAAGCCCUGGGACUGAAGUCCCACCUCAAGCUGCCCCUGCACUCCAGAUAGUGGGGGUCUCCUUCUCCACCCAGGGGGCAGGAUGAUGGGCUUCUGGAAGAGUGAGGGGCUUCUGCUGAGCAAGCUCUAGACAUGUUGGUCCCAGCUCACUGUCAGCACAGAGGGGACUGGGACUCCUUCUGGCCAGGAGAUGAUAUGGCUGCUGAUGCAGCUCGUGCUCUGUGUUGCACUAGGACAGGGCAGCUUGGCGUCCCAGGGCAAGGUUGGACGUGGAGCAGAGGGUGCUAGUGGGGCACAGGAGCCAGCUCAUCCAACUGCUCAUGGGCUGGAGGGGAAAUACACAGAGCUUCAGGCUCAUGCAAAACAGAGUCCAUUGAUAUUUAUAAAGCAUGCUGGUGGCAUGGG